AUGACCAAACGACCUCCCGAAUCCAAACUCGCCCACUGGGCCCACCGCCUCGAAUGCCCCAUCGACCCAAACGCAAACUACCACAACACUUUCUGGUGCAACCGCGAUCUAAUCCCCAUCCCCUCCUCCCGCCGAACCUCGACAUGGCAAGGCUACGCCGGCUACUGGGUAAUCGCAGGAAUCAACACCACAGCCUGGACAAGCGGCUCCUCUCUCCUCGCUCUCGGCCUCUCCGUUCCCCAAGCCAUGGGCAUCAUGGUCGGCGUAGCAUUAAUCUCCGCCAUCAUCGCCGUCCUAGCAGGAUGGCCUGGAAGCCACGAAUAUCUUGGUUUCACUGUUCUGUGUCGAGCGAGUUGGGGCAUGAGAGGUGGGUUUUGGCCGGUUCUGAAUCGGAUUGUGACGGCGAUUGUGUGGUUGGGUAUUCAGAUGUAUUGGGGUGGGCAGGCUGUGAAGAUUAUUUUGGGGGCGCUUGUGGGAAGGAGAUGGAUUGAGUUGAGGAAUACUUUGCCAGAGAGCGCGAAUGUUGAUACGGCGAGUUUGAUUAGUUUUUUCGUGUUUCUGGUCAUUUUCAUGCCGUGUUUGAUGGUUCCACCGGAGAGGUUGCAGAUGCCGUUUCGAGUUACGUUCGUGAUGAUCACUUGCACCAUGUUUGGUAUGCUUGGGUGGGCGAUUGCAACAAGCAAUGGACCGGGUGAACUGCUGUACACUCCUUCAACAGCCAAAGGAUCGGCUCUGUCGUGGGCUGCGCUAUACGGAUUGCAAUCGAUCAUCGGGUCCCAAGCAUCUGGCUGUCUUGGACAAUCUGACUGGACUCGUUACGCAAAGACUCCCAACGCCGCCCUCAUCGGCCAACUGAUCAUGGCUCCCCUUACGAUCUGUCUCACCGCCGUCUGCGGCCUUUUGAUAACCUCCGCAACAGCCGAGAUAUACGGCGUCUACCUCUGGAACCCCUUCGAACUCCUCCUGCACAUUCAACAGACGUCCCUCUCGCCAGCCACCCGAGCCGGAACAUUCUUCGCUGGUCUAGGAUUUCUCUGUAGUCAACUAGCCCUCUGCAUCGUCCUCAAUUGUGUUUCAGCAGGAAUGGAUCUCGCAGCACUCUGUCCCAAAUGGAUAAACAUCCGACGAGGAGGGUAUUUUGUCUCUGUGAUCGCGAUUGCGAUUUGUCCUUGGAAUUAUGUGACGAAGCCGACGACGUUUAUUACUGUCUUAAGUGGAUGGUCUGUGUUCUUGAGUCCGAUGACGGGGAUUGUGAUUGCGGAUUACUUCUUGGUGAGGAGGAGAGGUUACUAUGUGGGAGAUCUGUAUACGGGGAACAGCUCGAGUGCAUAUUGGGGAAUCGCUGGCUUCAACUGGAGAGGCUUCGCGGCCUGGACGAUGGGUAUCUGGCCAGUUCUGCCAGGCUUUGCGAGAUCAGUGCAAGGUACCGCAGCGGACAGCGGAUGGGAUCACAUUUAUCAGAUGACUUACUUUUAUGGCUUUUUCGCGGCUUUGGCAGUAUACUGGGCUCUGCAUACCGUCUUCCCACAACCGAGACAGACUGGACGUUCGCCGUUCGUGCUGCAGGAACACGCGAGGAUGCUUGGGGCGGAUGAAAGAACAUUGUCGGGGGACUCGGAAACUGCCAUCGUGGAGGCUUCAAAAGGCGAGGCGUAG